AUAAUAUUAUAUUAUAAUUACAAACAUUGAGAGUUUAGAUGAUACUAUAGAUGAUACGUCAUACGUUUACCACUUUACCAGACUAUAAAACUAUAAGACUAUAAUAUCUCUUAUUUGAUAUUUUGUCCGAAUAGGAUUAACUCGUAAGCAAAGGUCUGCCAGUCUGCCCAGUUCUUUAUUCUAUGAGUCAGUCGUUGUUAUCUGUCAUCACCCUAUUAUUCGCAUGAACGUCGUACAUUUUCAAUUUUUUAUAUUUAUUUUAGAAGUUUGAAGAUUAAAAUUUUGGAAACCUUCUGAAAAAUGGACGUUGAAGACGUUUUAAGCGAUGUGGUCACCAUGGAAGAUCUUAAGAAAUUUGAAAAAGAAUAUCAUAAUCAACUCACUACAGGAACUGUUUCGCAAGAAACAAAGUUUCAUUACGCUUGGUGCUUAGUGAGAAGCAAUUAUCCAGCUGACAUCAGAAAAGGACUCAUAUUAUUGGAGCAGUUGAUCAAGCAUGAAGCUAAUGAUGACGAUGCUAAACGAAAUUAUCUUUAUUACUUAGCAUUAGGAAAUUCAAGACUUAAAGAAUAUAGUACAGCCCUGCAAUUUAUUAAAGCUUUUUUACAUAUGCAACCUGAAAAUAUGCAAGCACAAAAUUUGUUGGUUACUAUUCAAAAGAAAAUGGAAUCUGAUGCACACAAAGGAAUGGCGGUAGCUGGAGCUUUGGCAUUAGGCCUUAGUGCAGUCGUCGGGAUUGGGUUUGCUCUGUCAAAAAGCUUGAAAAAGUGAUCGCUAUAUUUAGUUAAUUCUAUUGAUUGUCAUUUUAUUCCUGUAUAUAUUCCAGUGUUAAAUUUAUUUAAGCUUAAAAUUUAUUACAACCCAAUUAUAAUUUGAUAAAAAAAAACAUAAUUAUUAUUGUGUAUAUGUAAGUACCCUCAUGCAUAAUAAGAUUGCAUCAAGUAAAAACCUUAUUGAUAACAAUAACAAUAAGAUUCAAAAAAACAGAAUUAUUUAUUUUGUUCUAAAUGGAUAAGAGACAUGCCAAUGAUCAUUGUUUUUGAAAUAGAUAUUCUUACCAAAAAAAUGUUUAAAGCAUUUGUUUAUAAAGGCAUUAUUAUUUAGGAUCAAUAUGUUGAUACCUUAACUAUUAAUUUAUCAAUGCAUAUUAUUUACUAUUUAAUUAUUAAUUAUAAUAUUUAUUAUGAUUUAUGAAUUAUGGUCCAUAAUUCUUUGUUCCACAUAAUUUUAAGUUGUGAACAUACACCAUACUUAGAAAAUUUAAAUUAUCGUUUGUUAUCUGUUUUAGAAAUUUAAUUUGAUAAUUUGGAGUACAAAAUACUUUAUUUUUUAAUAGUGUAGAUAAUAGUGUAGAUUUUGGAACACAAUACCUAAAUAUUCUGAAUAUUUAAUCAUCUUUUCAUUUUUUGGAAGCUUUGUUUUGGUAUGGUGAUAUGAAUCAUUUAUAUAAUAUUACAUGAAAUGUUUUAUGUUGAUGAGGAUUUUAAUAUUUAAUUAAGAUUUGAAAGCUUAAUAAAGACGUCUCAUGAUUA